AUGGCUCUCAGGGAAGGGCUCAGGGCCUGGAGGAGAAUCUUCCAGCAGCUGAUCCUGCUUGCACUUGGCUUCUUAGGACUGAUCCUGUACGGGCUCCCUGUAGUCAGGCUUCUGAAAGUCCUCAUCCCUCUGGGUGUCUGCCCUUUGGCCAGAAUGCCCCUGCUGAGAGACAACUUCACAGGUCCCCUGCAUCCUUGGGCCCGGCCUGAAGUCCUGACCUGUACCUCCUGGGGGGCCCCCAUUAUUUGGGAUGGCACCUUCGACCCAGAUGUGGCCCAGCAAAAGGCUGUACAGCAGAACCUCACCACCGGUCUGACUGUCUUUGCUGUAGGCAGGUACCUGGAGAAGUCCCUGACCCGCUUCCUGAAGACGGCCGAGCAGCACUUCAUGGUGGGCCAGCGCGCGGUGCACUACGCGCUCACCGAGCGCCCGGCCGCCGUGCCCCGCCUGCCGCUGGGCCCGGGCCGCCGGCGGCGUGUGCAGCGCGUGGCGCGCGAGCGGCGCUGCCAGCACGUGUCGAUGGCGCGCAUGCGCGCGCUGCACGCGGCGCGGGGCGGGCGGCUGGGCCGCGAGGCGAGCUUCGUGCUCCGCGCGGACGUGGACCGGCGCUGCAGCGGCGCCUUCGUGCCCCAGGCGCCGGCCGAGUCGGUGGCGCAGCUGCACGCCUGGCAUUACCACCGGCCGCGGCGGCGGCGGCUGCCCUUCGAGCGGGACGCGCGCUUGGCUGCCGCGCUGGGCCCGGGCGAGGGCGACUUCUACUGCCACGCGGCCGCCUUCGGGGACGGCGCUCUGCGCGCGGGGCCUGGCGCGCGCUGGCACGACCAGAGCCACCUCAGCAGGGUCUUCCGGCUCCACAGGCCCCCCGAGCUGCUGUCGCCCGAGUUCUGCUGGAGCCCCGACGUCGGCCGCGCCUGCUCUGGGCGCCCGAGGAGUGCGCCCGGCUGCGCGGCUAGCGGCGCCCUCGGCCCGGAGGCCCUUCUGGAAGCGGCGUGGCACCGGGGAGGGGGUGGGGGGAGACAGUGUGGAAACCGGCCCCGCCGCGGGGUGGCAGGACGAGGCCCGGCCUUGGGGGAGCGCCUCCCCGAGGCGGAGUUCAGUGGAGGCCCCCUGCAGAGACGUUUUAGCCCCUUCCCCGUGUCCCCCCACUUUGGGGGGCGGGGAGGUGCUGAGGACCCAGGAACAAAAAGGGAGCAUAACUGCCUAAGGACCCAGAGCAUCUUGUCCCUGUUAAUCGACACUGACCUCAGCACCCAUGCUGGGACCCUCAGGGACCGGCUCUCCAUCUGGCUGUGCUCAGUCGGGUUCAUCCCUGGGCUCCUGCAGCAGCAGCACCUCCGGCCUCACAGCCCCCAGCUGUUCCAGUGA